AACUCUUUCCAGGCUUUGUACUAGAUUAAAGGCUUAAGUAAACCUUUUCAUGCAUUCACUGUAAUUGAAAGAACAGCCUCGAACAUGUCAGCAUGCUGAAAGGCACCAGCUGACCUACAUGUAGACCCGUAAACAGGGCCUGACGAAUACUCUUCCAGGAGUAUUCGUCGGGCCCUGUUUACGUGUCUGCAGCUGACCAGUGGUGUACAAAUUUCUGUGGACAUGAUGGAAAGAAAAGGCGAUUGACUGAUGAUCAUCAUGAUGGAAUUCUUGGCAAAUCAUACAAAAAAUUAUUGAAUAACACUGGCAGAUCCCGCAGAGAUCAAGUGAUCACGCAGAUCGACCAGUCGUUCCAAUGCACUCAAUGGAGAUUUUCUUAUGUCUAAAGACAUUUGGACAGUGGAAGGCCAACAGUCAGUCUACAGGACACUGCAUGAAGGAUCUUUUCAAGAUGUCCUGAAGAAAAAUUUCCAAGAACCCUUUGGGAGCUAGUUAAACCUUGGAAUUUACACUGCAGUCAAGGACAUCUGUAAGCAUGUUCAACUCUGUAUCUCUCAGCGGAUUGAGUAGAGUUUGUAUGAGAAAUGUCUUAAAGGAGGUUAAGCUGAAUCUCAGAUACUCCAGUUUGCCAAGAACACAUCUUGGCAAAGGGAAAACUGUUCCACCCACGUGUACGUGCAUCAGGAAUUGUUCCUCCGGUGACCACAGUAACCGACCGCCCGAGUGGGAUACCUAUGGCACCUGGGAAAAUCGCAUCGAGGAGCCCAUACUUCUGCAGCAGAGCAUCAAGCACGGCAUCCCCAUUCCCAAGAUCUCCCUGUCAAAUGUUGGACAGGAGUCCUUGAUCGGAAGGCGCUUGACCAAUGAGGAUCGGAUACGCGUAGGGGAACUGGCUCCAAAUCUCCUGUACUUUGGGAUUUAUGACGGACACGGAGGAGCCGUCGCGGCCGAUUUUGCCAGCUACAGUUUGGAACAUCACGUUGCGUACUGGCUUACAAAGGAGCAUGACUUACAGGUGGUGUUGAGGCAGUCGUUUGUAGAUCUGGAGAACCAGUUUGCUAGGUACCUGCACAUGGAACUUCAAGAUCCAGCCUUGGAAAACAGCGGCACAACAGCGACCGUGUGCCUUCUGCGCAAUGGCAAUGAGCUGGUGGUGGCCAAUGUGGGCGACAGCCGUGCCAUUCUCUGCCGCAAGGGGAGGGCCGUGAGACUGUCGCGGGACCACCAGCCAGAGGUGGAUUCAGAGAGGGAGAGGAUUGAAGCAUCGAAGGGUUUCAUCAGCUGGAAUAGCAAAGGCCAUCCGCUUGUCAACGGUGCACUAGCAAUGACCCGGAGUAUAGGCGAUGGACCAUUAAAACGAUACGGCGUGACUGCACAGCCAGAGACAAAAUCAGUAGAGAUCAAGCACAGCAAAGACAGCAUGCUGGUCUUGGUGACGGACGGUAUUAUUUCGGUCAUGACGGACCAGGAGAUCUGCGACUCCAUCAACCAGUGCCACGACCCCCCCUCGGCAGCCUACUUUGUGGCCGACCAAGCCCUGCAGUUUGGCAGUGAAGACAACGCGAGCAUCUUGGUGGUCCCCCUAGCACGCUGGGGUUACGAGACCGGCAAGAGCUCCAUGUACACGAUGCGAUGGUUUGAAUGGUCCAAACAGUAGUGCUACAUCGCGAGUCUGCAAACUUAUCUAAACCCUCGCCUUUGGUGUGAUCACAAAUUCUGGGACAUCCGGGGUUAUUAUUCACCAACUGACAUCUUAUGAUCUUCCUCAUGUUGGAUUGUGAGAUGACAUUAUCACAGUAAAAGUUAACAAUUUCGGUACUGGUGAAUAGAUCUUAGAUUGAAAAUGAAUCACAACUCUAGAAUCAUGCGAUUCUGUUCAAAGUUUCACACUAUAUGCGUUGAUUUUGCAGUACUGAUUUCGGCACAUUGGGAAUAAAAACUGUUUGCAUAUGUUUUUAAAAACCACACCGUAUGACAUUGUGAUAAUGAGCAAAGCAGCGUAUUUUUCAAUGACCGUCUUCAAUUGGUGCACUUCAGUGAGAUCUUCAAGCACAGCUUGCCUAGAGCAUUACUUGCCAUGCCAAUUCUGAGUAAAAACAGCCUCGGAUUAAGCAAAGCCCAUCUCUUUGCAGAUUUUUUGCUGGUCCAAAUGAACGGCAGUUACCGAUACUGUUGGGAACAACGAACAACUUGGAAAACAAAUAAACACUACAGUUUACAACAUGUAUAUAUACCUAUUUCAUACUAUCAUAUACAUGUAUAAUAUAUCGUUCAUUGUUUGCAGACACUGAACUUUGACCUCAUACAUGAAGCUCGUACAUUGUGAAACUGGCUAUCAGAAACUGAUUCUAAAAAGCAUUCAAAUUUUACCGGCUGCUGUGUUUUUGUAAAUUGAUUUGACAUUGUAUAAAUUGCAUCUUUUGGAAGGGAUUAAGCUGUUAAAAUCAAGGAGGCGUGUGGCCUAGUGGUUAGGGUUUGGAGCUUCUGAUCAUAGGGUCAGGGGUUUGAAUCCAGCUGGUGGCAGCGUGUUGU